AUGUGGGGAAUUGUUCCCUAUCCCUCUCAAAAUUUUUACUUUAGGGAACGUGAGUUCACAUACGUUCUGGAAGGAUCCACUGCAAAUCAGCCUACUCGAUUCCGAGUAUUGUAUCGUGGUCCACUUAGUACUCAUACGGUUACCGACGAAGAUAUUGUUCAUCUACGUGUACAAUCCAUCAAUAGGAAGAAUGUUGCUAGCGAUUUUUCGGAAGUGAUUACCCUCGUUCGUGAACCUGAGCUGGUCAUCACAAAGCCAGCACAGCUACCGUCUGCUAGUGAUUUUUCGGAAGUGAUUACCCUCGUUCGUGAACCUGAGCUGGUCAUCACAAAGCCAGCUCAGCUACCGUCUGCUGUCAUUGAAGGCUAUGGAAAAGGCGCCAUACGCGUAACGUGGACCGCGCCUAAGAUUGUGAUUCCUCCAACGGCCACGCUGAUGUUUGAACUACGUCGAAUUGAUGAUAAGAGUGAAAUCGUUUACUCCGGAUCGGAACCAACUUGUCGUAUCGAAGGUUUGACCAGUAGGCAGCACGUCGAAGUACAGGACAAUGUUGACGUGGAAGGCUCCAGAAGCAUCGCCGGAUAUUCGUUAUCGUGUUCACUGCAGCCAAAUUACGAGCGGGCAUGA